UACCUUGACUCAGAGUUGAUUGAACUAAGCGUUAUCACCUGCUCUGAAACCGAAAAUUCAGAGUUUUACAGCUCAGAGUUGGUCAACCUAGAGUUAAGGAUUUAACUUAGAGUUUGUUGAACCUGCUUUCUGAAACGGGCCCCAGGUGGACUGGAGAACCGGUAAUUACCAGCCUCGGAAUACAAAGACAUUCUCUCGCACACCGGGGGUGAAACAUCCGAUCCCCUUGGAUGCUAGCCCACUCGAUGUGUUUUCCAGGAUCUUCAUCGAUCAGCUGUGGGACACGUUAUUGACCGAAACGAAUCGGUACGCGGAACAGGUACGAGCCAGACCCCCACGACCUCAAAGUGGACCCCGGUCUCGAAAACAGAAAUGAAAACAUUCCUCGGGCUGUGUCUUUGCUUUGGAAUUUUAAAGCUACCAGCACGCCGCGAUUACUGGAGGCAGACUAAGUGGCUCUACCAAACAAACGUCCCCAGGGCAAUAUCAAGGGACCGUUUCGACGUGAUCUGGAGAUAGCUCCAUCUAGAAGAUAACUUGGACCCUGCCUUGGAUAAAUCCGAUAAGCUUGGACCUCCUCUUGCAACAGUUCCAGGCCCUCUAUGAGGUCAAUGGGUUUGUGAGCGUGGAUGAGUGCAUGGUGAAAUACAAGGGACUCCUUGCCUUCCGGCAGUACCUCCCCAUGAAGCCGGUGAAGUGGGGGAUAAAGGUGUGGGUCAUGGCAGAGAGCAAUACAGGCUACGUAAACAAUUUUCAAGUUUACACAGGGGCCUUUGCAGGCAAGACCGAGACAGGCCUGGCUUACCGGAUUGUGUCAGACCUGGCUAAACCGUAUUUUGGGUCAAACGUGUGUGUUUAUAUGGACAACUUUUACACCAGCGUGAAGUUGUUGCUGGAUCCGCAGGUCAGGGAUGACCUCACUUUCUUCGUCUGGCAGGACACCAAAACGGUCAUGGUCCUGUCCAACAUCCAUGACUCGACAGCUAAUGGGUCAGUGAAGAGGAGAACCGGUGGGCAACGCCAGAUUGAUGUUCGGGUGCCAGCAUGUCUUGCUGAUUAUCAGCAACACAUGAAGGGGGUCGAUUUACUGGACCAGAUGGUGGCCUACUACCAGAUACGCCACCGGUCUACGAAGUGGUGGAGGAGGCUGUUCUUUUACCUCUUUAGUGUUGCGGGCUACAAUGCCUUUGUUGCUGCCAGGUCUGUGGGAGGACCUGGGUGGAAAUACAGGAGGACUGGCUACAAGGACUGGCUGGAGGAUCUGUCCCAGGAGCUGAUCGUCCCUGUCACAGCAAGGAAGUGCUCCCUGUGUGCUCCCCACCGCCCCAACAGGAGCUUCUGCUGACCAUGAUCUGGCUCAGAUCAAUACCAAGAGGAAGACCUGCAGGGAGUGCUCUCUGAAGCACAGCGGCACCGACAUGCGUCCAGGGUCUAUUGAUGGGGUGCAAGCAGUGCAAUGUCCCUCUGCACCGUGAGUGCUUCAUGUACCACGUUGGUCGCAAGACCAGUUCCACCUCAGGACUUUCCCAUGGGUUGGAACUGUAGUUCUGACCUUUACAAUGCUUUGGUAAAAAUGUUAUUUGUUGUAUUUUAUAUCAUUGAUUUAUACGAUAAGAGCGGCAGUUUUUUCUUCGUAAUCUUGUUUUGAGUGCUUUUAAAAUGUUGCUGUUAUGGUUGUGCUCAGGAAGCAUGUUUUAAUAAAACCUUUAGUUCUUACCUUUA